AUGAAAAAACAGUCGAACACAAUCUACAGAUAUUUUCUGUCACUGAACAAAGAUGUUGGAUGGGUGGGCUGUUGGGGCGACGACGACGACGACGACGACGAUGAAUUAAACAUGAUCGAUGAAAGCUCAACCCAGCCUCGUAUUGUUUUAUGUCUGGUGGCCAUCGCCUCUGCCGACAAAUUGGGCUACAAUUAUAAACCAGUAGAACACUCCAACUCAGGUUUGUCCUUCCAACCCGGCAGUGGUAGCGGAUCGCUUUACAAGGCUCCUAGUGCCACAUAUGGUGGUGUUGCCCCAGCUCAAGGCUCUGGCUCUGCUGGCCCCUUCUCUGGCUCCGCUGCUGGCCCUGUUGAAUAUGAAAAGGAAUUCUACUCUUUUUCUGCUCCCGAAGGUGAAUUCAACGAUGCCAAUGCUGCCCAACGUGUUGCCGGCAGUGUGAAACAGGGUCUCCGCGUUAUCUUCAUUAAGGGCCCCGAAAACAACGGUCUCGAAAAUGCCGCCCUUGCAUUGGCCAAACAAGCUGCCGAACAGAAAACCGCCAUCUAUGUCCUCCACAAACAAGCCGAUUUGGGUGAUUUGGCCAACAAACUUAACAACGUCAACAAGGGCGCCAACCAAAAACCCGAAGUUCAUUUCGUCAAGUACCGCACCCCUGAAGAUGCUGCCAAUGCCCAAAAGGCUAUCCAAGCUCAAUACGAUUCCUUGGGUGGCAAGUCUCACAAUGUCAAUGGUGGUGUUGCACCUGUUCUUAACUUUGCUUCCCAAGCUCCUGUACAUAGCGGCCCAGCGCCUCAAACACCUCAAGCUGCUUACUUGCCAUCGGCCCUCUUCCGUUUCCGUGUCUAAAGUCAUCGUUAUGAGUCAAAGAGAUGAGAUGUUGUCAUUGUUAAAGCUGUUAAUUGGAAUAAGUGUUACGAAUAAAUUGUUUUUGAUAAAUAUAUAAAAAUU